AAUAAAUGAUAGGACUCCCGGCUCAUCAUACAAGGUGCUGGUGCUGUUUGCCCUCUGAAGGACGGAAACACAAUGCAUCUGUGAAAAGCCAAAGAUAACACAGACGUGUAUUCCUUUCCUUUUACAUUCUGCCCUCUGGAUCUGGAUAUCUGGCCAUGAAUCCUGAAUACGACUACCUGUUCAAGCUGCUUCUUAUAGGAGACUCUGGUGUCGGCAAGUCUUGCCUGCUCUUGCGGUUUGCGGAUGACACCUACACAGAGAGCUACAUCAGCACAAUCGGAGUGGACUUUAAGAUCAGAACCAUUGAAAUGGAACAGAAGACUGUCAAACUACAAAUUUGGGACACAGCCGGACAAGAAAGGUUCCGGACCAUCACAUCCAGCUACUACAGAGGAGCACAUGGGAUCAUCAUUGUGUAUGAUGUCACUGAUCAGGAGUCCUUUAACAACGUGAAGCAGUGGUUGGAGGAGAUUGACCGCUAUGCGUGUGAAAAUGUCUCCAAGUUGCUUGUGGGAAACAAGUGUGACUUGGUCUCUAAAAAGGUAGUGGACUUUGCCACUGGUCAAGAAUUUGCUUCAUCCCUAAAGAUUCCAUUCCUGGAGACCAGUGCGAAGAAUGCUGAUAAUGUAGAGAAAUCAUUUUUAACCAUGGCCUCUGAAAUACAGAAGCGUGUUGGAAGUGAUGGUGUUCAGAGUGAGGCUGCUAAAGUGGGCAACAAGAUAAACAGUGCACCCCUUUGGCCUGGGGGGAAAGAGGAGGCUGCCUCAGAGGAGGGGAAUUCUUGUUGCUAAUGCCAUACACAAACUACAGAAUAAGAGAAUCAAUGAGUUUGGACACUAUCUUAAUUUCCUUUUGUUUUGUUCAGAGAUGGUAAUUGAUCCUUGUGUGAACAGCUAUGCAAUAGUUAUGCGGUAGCCUGUUCCAAAAGUGCAUAGAAUGUGGCCCACAGAAAGGCACCCUUUGAAUUAGUUGGUACCAUUCUAAUGUAAUAGCUGAACACAGACAGCAACCGUGCUACCUUUGAAUGGCCUGGGUAUCGAAAAUGUGACAAAAAAACAACAGUUGAUUUACCCAUGUGGGGUAGGUGAUUGUUUGCUUGAUGCUUGUAAGGUGAAUUUUCUGUGUAAUUUUAUCUGUAACAUUUGUGAAGAACUGAUUGUUUUGGUUACCACUGGUGGUCAAACAAGUAAUUUUUUCUUGUGUUAAACACUUUUUGAUUAACGUUUGUUGUUUAAUGAAGACAAUAAAAUAUAUUUGCG